GGAACCAAAGAGGAACACACGGAGCAAAUGGACAACUCGCCUGCCAACAAACCCUCUUCAAGCAUACCUCUCGACAUCUAACCUUCUUGCUCCUCCCGGUCCGCAGCACCCGUCACCUCGAUGGUGGGAAAGAGUGGUGCAGUGUAGCUGAUGUGUAUCAAUUUUCACAGCCUUAUACCAAUCCUGAUGCAUUAAAGUUCAAAUCCAUACGUAAGUCUCAAAUGAUCCCACGUGGUGGCCGUCCAUCGAUGUACAUCGUUUUGCCAGCUAUUUUCCAGUUGCCGCCUUCGUUGUAAUGACAUAUGAUUGGGCACUAACAUUUGGACAAGAGGUCGAAUUAGUCUGGAGACAACCCUGGUCGCUCAUGACAGUGAUGUAUCUCAGUGUGCGCUACCUUGGAAUCCUAUCUGCUGCGUAUGUUCCCAAGGCUAAACAUUCGGUGUUGUGCUAAGCAUCUAUCUCUUAUAAUCA